AUGAACAGCAUCCAUGCACAUACCGCCUCACGGAGCCGCCCUCCUGAUAACCUUGUCCAUCAUGGCGGCAAGGAGCCCUACGCCCACAUAUGGGAGCUAGUUGGUUGUCUUCCGCGGCGAAAGACAGUUGUCGAUCAUCUCGUGAACAGGUUCUUUGAUGAACUGAACCCCGUCUAUGACAGUGUGCAUAAGGAGACGUUCCAAGUCAGUUACGAUGCGUUUUGGGAUCGGAAAUGGGGCGAUGAUGACUUGACCGCCGUUGAUCUGCGAUGGCUGGCGCUUUUAUUUAUGAUGUUGGCGUUUGCUGAGUUGCUAGACUGCCCGUUGGAUACUACUGUAGACGGCCAGAGAGCGUGUGAAGAAUCUUCGGUACAGUUCUUCUGGGCAUCGCGCAAAGCCAUUGUACUGGCGCCGACUAUCUCCGGUGAGAGCCCCGACCUAGUUCGAGCAGGGAUUCUCGUGAGCCGCUAUCUUAUAUUCUUCGGGCGGAAGACCGAGAGUUGGCUUACAUCAAGUUUUGCCAUCCGGAUGGCCCAGGCGCAAGGAAUGCAUCUCGACGGUGAGAGUUGGCGUCUACCACCCAAAGUUCUAGAGACAAGAAGGCGGUUAUGGUGUAUCUUAUUCUCGUUGGAUCGGUCGCUCUCAUUAACAACCGGGCGCCCAUACACAAUCAACAGCAAGCACUGUAUGCUCAUGAAGAUCCGGAAUAUCUGGAUCGAUGACAUGUCCAACGAAGAAGCCGCCGCAGCCAUCGAGAAACCUCUGAGCGACCCGACAAGGACCAUAUACUACUCGUAUCAACAGCGCAUGUCCACAAUUCUAGGCGACAUUCAUGACGACUGUUUCAGCCUUGAGCCCUCGACAACAUCGUAUAGCACUUAUGAGAAGGUGCUGCAACUAGAUCGCGUUCUCCUAGACUGGGCUGACUCCCUCCCCCCUUACUUUCGUAUCGAGCAAACUGACACUUCCCUCGACGCUACACAUCCGUUUCUCUUGUGGCAGCGAAUGUAUCUUCACUCCUUAUAUCACUUCGCUCGAGUCACCCUUCACCGCAGCUAUGUCCUUCUCGAAUCCAUCACGGGUCGCUUCCAGUAUUCUCGCGACGCCUGUAUCUCAUCUGCCUGCGCCGAUCUGCGCCUCAAAUUAACAUUCCGCCCAACAUCAAUGGCCGAUCGUCUAAAAGCUGGAGGAGCGAUGCACAACCUCUUCAACAGUGCUUUGGUUCUAGGCGUCAUUGCUGUGCGAGAUCCGCACUCGCUUAGAACGCGCGGCAUCUUGGAGGACCUAGCUGCCUACUGCGAGAAGCAACGGGCAGAUAUAUGGGUAAAACAGUUUGCACUGGCCGAGGUGAAAGUCAUAGAGCUGUGUAUCGCGACCGCGAGGAAAACGAACCGAGAAGGCCAACCCCAUAGUUUAAAUCACCAACAGGUAGAGCCAUUGGGGAGAUCAAGCGAAGAGUUUCCAACCUUGCAGCGUACGGGGCCAUUCCCUCAACCAUCGACUCUCAUGGGACCUAGUUCCGGAGAAAUGGGAGGCACACAUCUAGGUAUGGCGAGUGCGAGAACUCAGAUGGGGGUUCCCAUAGCUGCUCAGGGCAGCCUUCCUGGUAUUGAGCAUACGGGCAACGGGGUUGAUCAAGGAGAGACUUGGCUAGAUAGCUGGUUUGGGCCCACACGCAACUUCCCUGAGCCCCUAGAUUUUCAAUUUUGGGAGGAUUUGGUUGGCACACUCGACUCACGGUAG